ACAGGAUUAAUUAAUGCAUUUAAACUUUACUAUCCAUCCAACACGCAGGGUUAUUUAUUUAUUCUCAUCGUCAAAUCCUUAAUUAUUUUCAUUAACUUUUUCUCAAAUUAUAAUUAAAUUCAAUUAAAUUAAAUUCAAUAUAUUAUUAUCUCAUCAUGAGUGAGGACGCCGAAUUAGACGCUGAAUUCGAACGAGUUGUUCAGCUCGUGCAGAAUUUGCCGAAAGAAGGUCCAUAUCAACCCUCGAAUGGAGAAAAACUGAGAUUUUACAGCCUCUACAAACAAGCGACGGUGGGACCUUGUGACACCUCACGCCCAGGAUUUUUCGACCUCACCGGAAAAGCAAAAUGGGACGCGUGGAACGAACUCGGCGACAUGUCCAAAACCGACGCGAAACGAAAGUACAUCGAAGCUUUUGCAAAAAUGGAGCAAAAAAUGAAAGACUUGGGACACACCCAAUAAUAAUUAAAAAUUAAGAAGAUAAAUAAAUCAGGAAAUCAAAUUCAUGUCUUGUUUGAUAAAUUUCAAUAAGAAAUAUUUUUCAUCGAAACGACACGAUUGCAUGUAGAUAAGUUGAAAAUCAAAUUCGUGUUUUGUUUUGCUUAUGUUAAAUUCCAAUAAUGAAAAUUUUGAAUAAAAGGAAAUAUUUUUAACCAAAAA